GACUUCGGAAGGAAGCAGUCAUGUCUGGUCGCGGCAAAGGAGGCAAGGGGCUCGGCAAGGGAGGCGCCAAGCGCCACCGCAAGGUUCUCCGAGACAACAUCCAGGGCAUCACCAAGCCCGCCAUCCGCCGCUUGGCCAGGCGAGGCGGAGUCAAGCGCAUCUCCGGGCUCAUCUACGAAGAAACGCGCGGCGUGCUCAAGGUCUUCCUCGAAAACGUCAUCCGCGACGCGGUCACUUACACCGAGCACGCCAAGAGGAAGACCGUCACGGCCAUGGAUGUGGUCUACGCCCUCAAGCGACAAGGACGCACUCUCCCGCUUGCUCUUUUUAUGAUUUCUGGGGAAAUGGCUCGUACCAAGCAGACCGCUCGUAAGUCCACUGGCGGGAAGGCUCCGCGCAAGCAACUCGCCACCAAGGCAGCUCGGAAGAGUGCUCCGGCCACAGGCGGCGUGAAGAAGCCUCACCGCUACCGCCCGGGCACCGUCGCUCUGCGCGAGAUCCGCCGCUACCAGAAGUCUACGGAGCUGCUGAUUCGCAAGCUGCCUUUCCAGCGCCUCGUGCGGGAGAUCGCCCAAGACUUCAAGACCGACCUGCGCUUCCAGAGCUCUGCAGUGAUGGCUCUUCAGGAGGCCAGCGAGGCUUACCUGGUGGGACUCUUCGAGGACACCAACCUGUGCGCCAUCCAUGCCAAGAGGGUCACCAUCAUGCCCAAAGACAUCCAGCUGGCGCGCCGCAUCCGUGGCGAGAGGGCUUAAAAGGAAGCUGUAGGCAGCCGCUCUCGCUCGCAGCCA